CAGGCCGGCUCCUUCCCGCUGAUUGGCUCGGGUUGCUAGGCAACGCCGGAAAGAAGGAACAAGGAAGGCCGCGAUGAGACGGGACCGGGGCCGCGCCGAGGAAGGACCCAAAAGGACCCAAAAGAAAGACCCUCCGUGGAAGACAGCAUCCACUUGGAGGACGGGAUCAUCGGAGGAGGAAGAGGCGGGAGGCGCUUCCCGGCAGCCCAGGCGGUUCCUCAAGCCGAAGCCGGACGCCGGGCCCACGGGUGGCCAGCUGACCCCGGGACCCCUCCCGGCCCCCCAGCGGCCCAGCCCCGCCCUCAGGAAGGCGGCUCAGGUCCAGAGACGGAUCUCCCGCCGCCGGGAAGAGGGUGCGGGGCACCGGGCGGCCCUUCUGGACGCGUCCGAACUCUCCUCCGCCGCUUCGGACCCCCACUCGGUCCCGGGGGGCUCCCAGGACCCCACGGACAGGAAGGGUGGUCUCCCGGGCCCGGCAAAAAGGCCUUCCUCCCGCUCGGCCCCGAAGAAGGACCCUCGGACCCCUGCCGCCCCACUGCGACCCCCCAGCCGGGCAGCAGACCACUCCCCACUUGCAACGCCCGGCCUGCCCGGGAUCUCCCUCGAGGAGGAGCCCCGCGCCAUCCGCUCCCUGGACGAGUUGUUCUCCGAAGCGGACCAGGACCAGGCCUCCCUGGCCUCCUCUGACAGCGAUUUCCGGGUGAACGUCUUGAGCUUGGACGACUUGGCGCCUGCAGGAAGCAUUAAGGAGGAGGAGGAGUCUCGAGAAGAGCGGGCCCGACCGGUGGCCGAGGACCCCGAGAAGAACCCGAACGCAGCAUCCUUGGUUCCUUCUGCGGCCGCCGUCCGAAGCGUCUUCAGCGCCCCAAAGGAUGCUGUCGAGAGAGGUCCGCCCUCCAGGGAGGAAGAGGAGGCGGCGGGAGAGACGGAGGUCUCAGAACGACUGGGCAGCCCUUCGGAAGCGCCGCCCUCCUCUCCCGGCGGGACCGAGUAUUGGGACGACUUUGAGCCCUCCUCCUCCUCCUCCCCCUCCUCCUCCUCCAGGGCCUCGCAAUCAUCCUCUGAGGAAGGAGCUGCGUCGGAAGAAUCGCGCUCAAAAGCUCCCCCGCCUCGUUCCAGCCGGACGGGUUCCUCUUCCCUCUGGCAGUUUUCCGGAACGCCCAAGCAGAGGACGACAACGACGACGGACGCGGCAGUGCAGACCAACAGCCCUCCGCCGCUUUCUCAAUGGACGCAGGACACCACGAAGGAGUUUGUGGGCGGUGUGGGGCCCACGCUUCGCCUGCUGUCAUCCACACCUGCGCAUUUUCUCCUCUGCAGCGGACAUCCCGAUCAUCGGCCUGGCGUUGGGAGGAGGGAGCCGUAUGGGCGCCACACCCGUGGGCAGCCCUGCCCUGAGCCUGGACGCCAUCGAAGGCCUGGCUGCUCACAGUCCGGCCGCCUUCGCCUUGAACGAGAUGCUGAAGGAGAACCUGCUCUUCAUCCGGACUUUUUCGGAGGCCAGCCGCCGGCUCCACGCGUCCCUGGUGGCUUCCCUGGAGGAAGAGCGCUUCCACUACCACUCGCUGGAGGAAGCCAAGAGGUACAUCCAAAGCCACAAGGCCCGGCGCCCGACUGCGGAGGAAGCCUUGACCCAAGGAGCUGAGCAGGAGGAGGCGGCGGAGGCGCUUUAGGGUGGAUUUUGACUUUUGGGGUGGAGAAAGCCCUCCGGUGCAAUCGUGCACCCCCGACACAACCGCAAUUAAAACAAUCCUCCAAGUA